CGGGGGAGCACGGGACCGAGAACGCUGUUCCGCGGCAUUCGUACAGUUCCCGUUACCCGUGCUGGGUUCUUGCCGCGUGCGCGGGUGGUUCGUCGUCGCGAUCGUCUUCCGGAGUGUCGGGGAACCGAGGGUUCGCAUCCGAGAGAGAAUCGGGGCUGGCGUGAAUUCGUGUACGAGACCAGGUGCCAGAGGCGGGGUCACGGAGUAACCGAGAGUCGUCGACGCGAUAUAAGGCGGACGUCGGAGGCGUCUAGGGCGAGAGGGCGUGCGGGAGGAGGGCGGGAGGAGGGGGGGAGGAGGGCAGGCGACGGGGAAGGAUGUCGAUGCGCCGCCGGUGGUCGGUUUCGGGGGUUGACUCGCGCCGCGGGGGCGAUGAGCGCACUUCCCUCCGCCCUGAGACUGACCUGCUGCCGUUCCUGGCUCCUGCUGAUCUGCCUCGUUCUCUGCCUGGUCUCGAGCUGCAGCUGCACACGCCAGGAUCGCUUGACCCGCGGACUACAAGCAGGUGAUGACGUGCGCGGCUCAAACUUCAACAACGACGACGAAGACGUCGAUCUCUACGACGACGACGAGGACUACCUCGAGGAGAACAUCACUGCGGCGAAGGGGCAGUACCUGGGCUCGCCGUGCGAUGUCUCGUGCAAUCCGGAACUGCUGCACGUGUUCUGCGACACGGUCACUGGUCACUGCGAGUGCGAGAAAUUCUAUCCAGUUCGUCUUGGGCCUAGCAAAGGAUGUGCCAAACCCAAAAGACUCGGGGAGCAAUGCUUCUAUCGCGCGACAUGCACUUUUUCGGAUCAACAUGCGACCUGCACCCAGGUGCAGCACAACGCCGUGUGCGACUGCGAGGAGGGCUAUCAUAGGGUUGCCUUGUCCAGGCCUAACAAGAAGGUGUUCUGCGCCGAAGAUCUGGUGCUGAUAACUACGGAUGUUCCGACCCUGCUCUGCAUAGCAUCGGGAAUAGCGAUAUUCACGGCGAUGAUAUGCUUCGUGCUGAAGUUAUUCAGCCGUGCGAGAUACUCAAGGCCGCGGCACUAUGCCAACGCGAACCACGCGCCGCCCAUGCUGUUCUCCAGCGACACGGGUAUUCCACUGACACUCCACGGCGGCCGACCAUCGUCGCGCGCGAGUCAAAGAAGCAGCACCGGAGGACCGUUGACCUACGCGUUCACCAGGAGGCCUAGCAGCGGCGGUAGUCGCGGUCCGUUGGUACCAGCGUCGAGAGCAGGUGCGGCACGUGCCGCCGCCAUCUUGCUUAUAUCGUGCCACCUGCAGGCGACCAAAGGCGGGAACAAGCAUCGACGUACCCUUAGCGACGUUGCUGAGGGAUCGUCCGACGGCCUCGGUUCUCGUCGUCCUAGCUUAACCUCGGUUCACAGUUCUACGUCCUCGGCGCGUAGUUACAGCGCGCGACGUCUCGAGAAGGAAAGGAACGAGAAGGAGCAACGUCAGGCCCUGCAGGAGCUGAAGCUGGCCAAACAACGGGAGCAACAUCAACAACAGCAACAAGUCGCGCCCACGCCCAGCCCCAGGACGCCUCACUCUACGGACGAGCUGCUGCCCUCCGUGGAGGAAGGGAAAGAGGUCUUUUACAACGAGCAGGUGCCGACGACAUCGGACGCCAUCGAGGAAACGCUGGUGAAAACGACGGCGGUGACGACGACCAACGUGAACGCGAGCAUAUUCGGGGAGAUGACGCCUGUGACGACCUCGACAACGUCCAUCUUCGAGACGAACAUCGCGCCACGGGCCACCGGUGACAUUUUUCAAGUGUAGUUAAGAACCAGAGCCGACCAGAAAAUGGACGGAACGCGCGAUACCGCGAGACUCGAAUCGUCGACGGAGGCAGUGAAACCAAUCGCGUCUCGUCGCGUCACCGUCGAGAGGCGAGAACCAGUUGCACACACGCCACACAAUUCUAAACGAAACGACGCCACGCGUUUGAACGGCCAACAGCCACGAGCCUAGGGACCGACCAACGUGGAAAGCGUUCGAGGGAUCAUCUGGAACCGGAAGUCACGGACGACGAUGGCGCUCGAACGAUAACUGUAGGUCAGAGAUGGGCGAAACUCUCGAGGCAAAUUUGUCGAACGAGGAAGAAAUAAACGAUUUUAACGACUAGGUCCAAGGAGGGAUCACAAUCUCAUUGUUUCGUUAACACUUUACCGACCUGUAGCCGAUUAAUCGGCUUUUUGUCCUCAACGUUUACCGUACAAUAUUUAAUCGGAUACUAUGGUAACUAGCAAGUACCUGUUACUUUGAAUCGAGAGACUAGUUUUUCUUAUUCAAAAAAUACCGUUAUAUCAGUGAUUGGCAAAACCCUAGGCUUCGAAUAAAUCUGAAGUUUGCCGAUCGGUUUCUCUCGUUUCCUUCUUUGGAAAAUGUUCAACAGAAGAAACGAGACAAACAUAUCCGCAAACUUUAGAUUUAUUCGAAGCCUAGGGUUUUGCCCAUCGCUACGUUGUAUGGAUUACGGUAUAUUAUAUCAAUAUUAAACUCAAUUAUAAUAGAUAAAAUAAAUAUUGUUUAAUACUAAUAUCAUGAAAAUAAAAGAUUUGAUUAAAUUUGAUUAUCUUGUAAUAACAGAAAGAGUACAAUUUUAUCUGAGAAUAAGAAAAACGCAUGUAUUCCCGCGCGACAGUAGUCGAAACAGAGCCGGCGCCAGAAAAAAUCUGCGGCCCAGUGGCCGGUCAGAAGGGCCUAGGAUGUUGAAUCGCUACCGGUCGGUAAAGCGUUAAGAACUCGUUGACUUUAUUGAAUCGGUACAUUGUUAUUUCAUGUAAUCUUUCCUUUUCUAACACUUUCGAGUGAUUUUACGUCGACCGAGAGCAUUCGUUGCUUAUUAUCGAAACAAACUUUUGCCCAUCUCUGACGGUAGGAGGGUAGAAAUGGCAGAAGGAUCGUUAAAGCUGAAAUUUGUUCGAGCCACGCGCGAAGGCCUAGAAGAAUUAUUUAUUCUAAAAGAUAUAUUUUUAAAUACCUAGGUGCGGGAGGUACUUAGACGCGGAGCCAGCUUUCUGAAGAUGUCAAAGUGGAAGUGAUUAGAGAGGACGCGUUCGGCUGUGAAUACGUAACAUUCAGGAAUGUACAAGAGUAUGUAAAAUGUCGUCGUUACGGGUACACCGUAUGGUAACUGACUACGUGCCGUGUGUUUAGGGGCCGAACGAGGUUUCACGCAGGUUUUGAGUCAGCGUUCCUUCACUGGGAAUGUGGCAGGACUCGAACGACACAUUUUAAAUAUCGAACUCGCGAUAUGAUUGAAAAUAUAUUAGAAGCAUUUACUGUACCGCAAGGAACAGCUUAACUUUAACUACGACAAUUAUUGCGUUGGAGAAUCGUAACGCAAUCGUACACUCGCGAUUCCUUCCAUAAAUUUUAAAUCAACGUCGAGUCGUGCCACUUGGCAGUCGAGGAUCGACGAGUGACGAGAAGGAUGAAACAUUCGGAAUCAUUUUUUACGGCUUAAAUUUUUGAAGCAUUCACGGAUCAUUGGUUCGUCGGUGGGAUUUUUUUACGAAGAUACAGGAUACCUUGAGCGUAAACGAGCGAUCGAGCACAGAACAGAAAUCAAACUUCUCCGAUUUACACAUGGAUGUUCGGUAUGAUAAAUACUCCGUUACGAUUUACUUACAUAUCAGUGAAAUAUCGAUUUUUUGCUUUCCCCCGCAGAGUUGGAAUAAAAUUUCGAAUAAGUUCAACCCCCUCCCCCCCCCCCCCCCCGUCUCGGGGAUUUUUACUCCGUAUUCGUUAGUCGAAACGAAGUUCGCCCGACUCUGUUUCUCGUGUCGACAAUUUCUCGUGUCGACCGGGCUAAAUCGCGAUACCGAACUUGCUAGUUCUCGUUGUGUUAGUAGAGUAUCUCGUCCGACGUGCAAAUUCUACAUCUUUCCGAUCGAAAGAUCGACCAAACAAUCGCAAGAGCCGAGUGUUUCUGGAAAUUCUACACUAAUUUCGCGUCGUAAAUUUCUACACGAAUUUUUUGCAACAUCUACAGACAACUAAUUGCUAAAAUUAAAUCACAUAUCAGCGACGAAUUAAAACGAUUCGAAUGCAGAACAGAUCCAGACGCAAAGGAAACGAACAAGGAACGUUUCGUUGGAAACGUGCAACGUGAAAUGUUUUUCUCUGCGACUCCUCGAUUGGACGUGCAGGAUGAUUCAAAAGCGGUAUCACAAUCAGCGAGCGCAGAACGAAUGAAAAUACAUGUAGCUUUCGGGAGCGUUAAUCUAUUUCUUUUUUUUUUCUUUUUUUUUUGCAAUUCAAAAACGUUAGAAGAUCGAUACACUGUUUCGUUAGUAUCCACAACGAAGGAUGACUCGAAAUCAAUCUUCGUAAUAGCAAAGCAUACUUGCUAAAGUUGCGUGUAUAUUCACUUCGAAUCUAAACCGUAAUCGUGACGGCACAAAUCAGAUUUCGCGACGCCAUUUUUGGAUCGCCCUGUGCACAUAUGUAAUCAUAAACCGCGCAUAGUGGCAUUAAAUAGAAACAAAGAGUAUUCCUAAGAGAUGCGAUAAAUGUUCUGCGCCAAAAUUAAUCUAAACGUCGCUGGGACGUACUCGAGGAAAAGAAUAAUAAUUAAAACGCACCUAUAUCAACGUACAUUCCGUCUCACGUGAAGAUACCGACGCGUUCAAUCGUUUCGUUUGCUCGAACGGAAUUUGCUGCAAUAGAGAAGCAACUGGCAGGGCAUUCUCGAGGCGGUCGAGGCUAAAUAUACCUCUAAUCUUAGACACACACAUACACACACACACACACA